UUGUCGAAGUAGAAAAGACUUGAAGCGAGUAGAUGGAACUUUUCAAUCCAGCUCUUGAGGAAAACAUCACCUUUGUCCGUCCUGCAUAUUUUAUCAUAACAGGUUUUAUUGGCAUUCCUAACGUGAACUUCUACUUUGUCUUUCUGUUGUUUGUUUAUGUUCUUUCAGUGGUAGGAAAUGGAACUGUGUUGACUCUCAUAAUUGUGGAUCAUACUCUGAAAGGUCCGAAAUACGUUGCAGUUUUCAGUCUCGCUCUAACUGACAUCUUAAGCAGCACAGCUUUUUUACCAAAAAUCAUUGACAUCUUCCUUUUCAAUCAUCGCUAUAUUUCGUACAAUGAAUGCUUGACCUUCAUGUUUUUUGGCUUUACACUACCUGCAAUGCAAUCCUUUAACCUGGUGGCACUGUCUUAUGAUAGACUGAUGGCGAUCAUGUACCCUCUGCACUACCAAGUGAAAGUGACCCAAAGGUUUAUGAUCAAUUUGAUCGCCUUUUUGUGGAUUUUUUCCAUCACUCUUAUCCUCAUUCUUGUUGGCUUCAUCACAAGAUUGUCAUUCUGUAAGUCUGUGGUUAUUAACAGCUACUUCUGUGACCAUGGCCCUGUGUACAGACUGGGCUGUAACGAUGUUUCCCCCAGCCGUGUAAUUGGUGUUUUGUGUCCCGUUAUUAUGCUUUGGCUUCCUCUAGCAUUUAUCCUAGCAACUUACUGCUGUAUUGUUUAUGCUUUGUCAAAAAUUUCAACAGCGCAGGAACGAAGAAAGGCUUUUAAGACUUGCACAGGACAUCUUUCAUUAGUGACCAUUUAUUUUCUCCCCGUUUCUCUUGUUUUUGGCAUAGGUGCAGAGAUACAUCCAAAUGCCAGGAUCAUUAACCUGUCUUUGACCUCAGUAUUCCCACCCAUGUUGAACCCAAUUGUUUAUGUUUUACAUACACAAGAAAUUCGAUUAUCAAUUAAAAGAAUACUAAAAUUUACACAGCGAGACAAAGUUAUGGCUAAGUGAGAUCCAGUUACAUUAUUAUGUAAACAUGUAAAUGCUGUACAUUUUAUCAUGAUUGCAUGUGAGACA